AUCUCCGGUGUAGUUCAGCAUCGCGGAGUUUAGGAGGUCGCUGGAUUCACCGAACCAGUAAAGAAGAGUGACGCCCCCUUCUCUUUCUUCAACAUCUUUGAUCUUUCUUGUUUUGCUUUUCAACUUCAGCUGACUGAUUAUGGACUCGUUUGCAAAGUGCCAAAUUUAAUGCUUGGAUUGUAAACCAAGUGAUGGCAUCUCAAUGAAGUAACUGGCGUGAACUUCACAUCGACAUUGAGAUCCGACAUAGAGAUCUACUUUUGAAAAUUUUUUAUUGUGUAAUCAUGGAGUCGGAGGAUGAGGAUGUAGUAUUUGAGAAUUCAGCGUUGCAUCAAGCUUUGAAAGAAUGCGGUGGGCCUGAAAUUGAGACUGAACCUCGGUUUAAAGCUUCACUUGGUGCCCAGCUAGAAGAUUCACAAGUCAACGACAUCAACACGACCUUGAAGUCACCACUGAGUGCCCGGAAGUAUCUGUUUGGAGACGACAAACGACAUUCGUUUCAUCUCCCACAGUGGGCUGUUCUUCUUCUGGUUUCUUCAGCUACUGUGGAAAAUUUGUAUCAAACUCAAGUUCAGCACACUCUGAAGAGAGUUCUGUCUUCGAAGCUUCUCUCAGAGGAUGACAGGGCAUUUCUGUCGAAUUUCAUUGAGGGAGAGGCAAAGACAGAACAGAGUUCUCACUGGAAGUGGUCCUCCGAUUUGUUGAGGAUCAUGCCCUUUGUCCUGAUCGUAGCGAACGUGGCUGUGAUGUCCAGCGUGUAUCUGCCCUGGGGUCUGGUGCUGCUGACGGCGUGUCUGGACGUCCCGCUGGUGGGCGGCAGUGUGACGGGCGUGCUGGUCAUGUGGGCCGUGGUGCUGGCCGUGGUGCUGGCUGUCUCCCUGAUGGUGGUGCACGCGUGGAUGAUCAGGAAGAUUUGUGGGGAGUUCUCGACUAGAGAGGGUCACCUGGUGGAGUUUGAGAGCUCAGCGCUGGAGUUGGUUCACGUGGAGAAAAAAUGUCUGCGCAUCAUCCAGGAGUCGGAGAUGGUGGCCAGAGGUUUCACUAUAGCCAGCCAGCGUCACCUGAUGGCUAGAUUUGAGCGCAGCGACAAGUGCGUCGUGGAUCAGCUGUGCCCGGAGCUACGUGACCUAAUUGUGGUAGGGAAUCAGGGACUGUCGGCGGGCGUCGGGGACGUGGUUCGUCGCAUGACCAGAGAUGUAUCCGGGACGUCUGCAGUGUCAAAGUUCAACCCCCUUGGCGGGCUGAUGGACUUGUACCACACAGAGGUCGGCUCACAGACGGCCACGGCGGCCGAAGAUCUCACCCCGGGGGCCAUUAAAGCUUCGGUGGACCUGCUGGGAAUGUUCCUCUCGGGGCUCAUGUGCAGAGUCGCCCUGUGCUACCAUCAGGACAGUCUGGAAGAAGAUUCUUUCAACCCGUUCGCUGUGACGGUGGAGCCGGUGAAAAGUCUGCUGCCGGUCGUGGACUCGCUCAAAUCUUCUCUCGCCUCCUGCUACUCUCUGCUCCGCGCCGUGCACAAUCCAGGCCCCGGCGUCCAGUUGUCGGACGACGGACAGCUGAAGGAGGAGGAAGAAGAAGACAGAAGGAGUGAGAAGAAGAAGAAGAAGCAGCCGGCAAGCCAGGUGGAGAGUCUGUACACCUGCGUCCACAGCCUUGACCUACAUCUGCAGUCCGUCCUUCAGAUCACUAGAGAGCUGACUGUGGCACUGGAGGGGAAGCUAGAGUCUCAAGUGAGCUCUACGGGUACGAGCGACGGUCAGAGGAAGAUGGACGUGAACGUGGGUGUGCCCCCGCCCGUCAUCGGCAGAGAGGAGGCGGAGUCGUGGGAGGACGUCCUGCGACAGGUCAAGGUCGGACUGGACUCGUGUCUGGAGUGUCACCAGGAGAGUGUGAGGAGGCUGCAGCAGAAGGAGGACAAGGCUGCGACGACGCCCGGUGUGGUGACGGUGAAAGCAGUGUCCCCAGCCACAGCCCAGCAGCCUGCUGUCCCGCCCGUGCACAUCCCAAGUGAAGAUCCUGUCAUUGAGGACGAGGUUUUUGAAGGAGUCACAGAUUGUGGUGAGGAGAGUCGAGACUCAGGACCUGCCAGAUAUACAGAUGAGGACAGGGCAAAACUGAAAAUGUUCCGUGAGAUGGCCAAGAGUCUGCGGAAGGAGCUGGAGACGGUGGUCGGAGAGAAGGCCAAGGAGCAGCAGCUGCGAGAGGAGAGGGCCUUAGCCAGGUUCAGAGGUCGGGAGAAAGCACACGCUCAAGGUCACGACGCUCCCGGCAUAGAAGGUCAGAGGUCAUCAGACCUCCAAAAUGUUGUGUGCAAUAACGAGAAGACGGGAGAUUUCUAUAUGUCUUCGUCGGCUUAUGGGUCGAGGUUCAAGGAAUCUGGGGCAGCGGGAGGGUUGGGAGUGAGUGGUGGAAGCGACGAUGAUAGUGUCGAUAAUAGCAUUGAUGACAGUGAUUGCGUUGUUGGUGACGGUGAUUGUGCUGAUGCGGAACACGGAGAAAUGAUGAGAGCGGAAGUCGUUGAUCGAGUCAGUCAGGGUGCCGAGAGAUGUGAUGGUGAAUCGGGUACACGUCCUUCGCUGAACCCACAUUGCAGUGCGGAGUCUGGACAAAUUGUGACUGAAAAAGUUUGCAAUGGUGAAAAGAUACUGGGCGAAUCAGCUGAUUCGAGGGGUGAAAUUUCAGAAAAUAAUGUUUGUCGCUCGAGUGAUGGUGAAAGUUCAACAGGUGUUCAGUCGAGCAAAUCUGGUCACGACAAUACUGACAGUUCUCUCGUCUUUUUGUCUGCGGUUGACGAAAAUGAGGAGGGUGAUCUUCUUACUGACUUGACUCGUGUUCGAGAAUUUGUGCAACCAACCCAAAAACGUCCGAUUCCCAGAAAAAGAAAAUCUAAAAAUGUUGUCGCUGAAGGGAGCGAGGAGGAAGUGAAAGAGGUUGUUGGGCAGCUGGAGGCUGUGACUGCUGUGAGUGCGAAUGAGUGUGGUAGUGGUAGCUUCUCGCGUUCUGUUACGGGUGAUAAGAUUACGGAUAGCCAUCCGUCCAUACUAGACCGCCUUUGCUCAGACGGUGAUGAUGCGAAGUCUCCCUCGUAUCGUGACGAGACUUCUGGUCCAGACGAGACUAGUGUGGGAGACAACGUGGUACAGCGGACCGGUGGUGGUGGCGGGGACGCAGAGCGGCCGACGUUCUUCCCCUCCUCCUCCUUGUCCUUCACCUCUAGUCUUGCAGCAAUGGCCGCCAGCAGGGCUCGCCUCCUGCAGAAUACCUCCAACGAAGAAACUUUUGGAGAUUCUUCCUCUGAGGAAGAUCUGAGCUGACGACCACAUAUCUGGCGGCACUCCGUGACGAUGAUGGAUGGUCUGAAAGAUCUGUGACGUUGUUUCUGUUAUUUCUGUUUUGUUAAUUAUUAAUGCCACACCUGUGAACACUGAAUGACCUAUAUGUACUAUUUACCAGUGCAAUAAAAAUACAAUGCC